CCUGGGUGAGUCGGGGCGGGAUGUCGGAGAACACGGCGGCCGCGGGUCCGGGACCCAGCGUCGGCGGAGCUGGAGGGGGAGGAGCAGCAGCAGGCCCGGCGCCCCCGCGCGGCCCGCGCACCCCGAACCUGAACCCCAACCCGCUCAUCAACGUGCGCGACCGGCUCUUCCACGCGCUCUUCUUCAAGAUGGCUGUCACCUACUCGCGCCUCUUCCCGCCUGCGUUCCGCCGCCUCUUUGAGUUCUUCGUGCUGCUCAAGGCCCUAUUCGUGCUCUUCGUCCUGGCCUACAUCCACAUCGUGUUCUCACGUUCGCCCAUCAACUGCUUGGAGCACGUGCGUGACAGGUGGCCACGUGAGGGUGUGCUGCGUGUGGAGGUGCGGCACAACCAUAGCCGCGAGCCGGUGGUUCUGCAAUUCUGCGGUGCGGAGGAGGGGGAGGAGGAGGAGGAGGAGGAAGAGCUGAGCGUGGACAUGUUCACCAAUGGCUCCAUCAAGUUCGAGCUGGAGAUCGAGCCCAAAGUGUUCAGGCCCCCAGGGGGCGCUGCAGCGCUCAACGACAGCCCAGACUUCCCGCUGCCCGAGCCAGCCACUGGCUCGUGGGCCCGGGCGGAGCGCACGGCCCCCGCGUGGCCGCAGGACGAGUACGUGGUGGAGUACUCGCUGGAGUACGGCUUCUUGCGCUUGUCGCAGGCCACACGUCGGCGCCUGAGCAUCCCGGUCAUGGUGGUUACCUUGGACCCUACUAGGGACCAGUGCUUCGGGGACCGCUUCAGCCGCCUGCUGCUGGACGAGUUCUUGGGCUAUGACGACAUCCUCAUGUCCAGCGUGAAGGGCCUGGCCGAGAAUGAGGAGAACAAGGGCUUCCUGCGCAACGUGGUUUCAGGGGAGCACUACCGCUUCGUCAGCAUGUGGAUGGCGCGGACAUCCUACUUGGCGGCCUUCGUCAUCAUGGUCAUCUUUACCCUGAGCGUGUCCAUGCUGCUGCGCUACUCCCACCACCAGAUCUUCGUGUUCAUCGGUGAGUCUGGUGGGCCGCGGGGGGCAGGGCGGGCUCGCCCCCAGGCCCUCACGGGCGGCCCCGCCCCUGUGCCCGCAGUGGACCUGCUGCAGAUGCUGGAGAUGAACAUGGCCAUCGCCUUCCCCGCAGCGCCCCUGCUGACUGUCAUCCUGGCCCUCGUUGGGAUGGAAGCUAUCAUGUCCGAGUUCUUCAACGAUACCACCACGGCGUUCUACAUCAUACUCAUCGUGUGGCUGGCUGACCAGUACGACGCCAUCUGCUGCCACACCAACACCAGCAAGCGGCACUGGCUGAGGUUCUUCUACCUGUACCACUUCGCCUUCUACGCCUACCACUAUCGCUUCAACGGGCAGUACAGCAGCCUGGCCCUGGUCACCUCCUGGCUUUUCAUCCAGCACUCCAUGAUCUACUUCUUCCACCACUUCGAGCUGCCGGCCAUCCUGCAGCAGGUGCGCGUCCAGGAGCUGCUGCUGCAGACGCCGCCUGGCCCCGGGACUCCCUCGGCAUUGCCCGACGACCUCAACAACAACUCGGGCUCUGCGGCCGCCCCCGAGCCCGCCAGCCGGACCCUCGCCCUGGGCCCAGGCCCUGCGGCCAGUGAGGAACCAGAGACGGGGCCUGGCAUGCCCGCAGGGACCAGUCAAGACCUGGGCUGGGUGGCCGAGACGGCCGCCAUCCUCACGGACGCGUCCUUCUUAUCUGGCCUGAGCGCCUCGCUGCUGGAGCGGCGGCCCGCGGGGACCCCGGGUGAGGGCGAGGGUGCAACUGCGCCCCCAGACCUUGACACGGCCAGCCCUGAUGUGGCCCAGGCGGGUUCCUGAGUCCAGGCCGCCUACUGGGACCGACACCGUGGAACGUUCUGGAAGUGCUUGGCGCGCGGGUAGGGGCACUCAGACGCGAAGGUGAUGGCGAGUCUCCAGGGGGCGCCCCAUCCCUGCGCAGGCCCAGGACGAAUGAGCGGCGCGGCAGAGGCCAUCACUGUUGAUGCCGUGCUGUGGGCAAGGCUGUAUUUUUAAUGCCGUGUUUCAGUGCCGUGCGCACAGCUGCGUUGUACAUAGAAUAAACCGCGCUCAGCCCGCGUCCCCCA